AUGGAAAAACGGAACAGUAACGGUAAAUCCUCUUUGAAAUUAGGACCAUCAAAAAAAAAAUCUACAUGUAAUUCACUGCAAUCCGUAAAAUCUUCAUUUAACGUAAAAAAGCAAAUUUCUGACGAUAGCUGGAAUUUUUCCCAUGAAAUUCGAAACACUCCGAAACCUCGUCGUCCAAACCUCGGUAAAGGCCUAGAAGAAUUUCAUAAAAAGAUAUUGACAUCUUUUACCGCCUGUUUUGUCGACCAGUAUGAUGAUGGUGUUGGCAUUAAGACGAUUUUCAAAGAACCAAGGAAAACGCGCGUUUUGAAGUUUCCACCAGAAUUGACCGCAUCAAC